AUGGAUCGCCGAGGGAGUCUUGCUACCUGCAUGCUAUGUAUGGUGUCUCUAAUGUCUCAAGACACAUCCGGCUGGCAGUGUGGAGCCGAUGUCUACUCCAACUAUCAAAUGAUGCUUAGAGCCCACACCUUCAAGACGAUCAAGGCUCGUCCAGGCACGUCUGACUGCAGACAAGCCUGCAACGCUGAUACCAGAUGUCAAAGUUACAACAUGGUCAUGUUCAGAGGCAUAUGUGAAUUGAAUAACAGGACCAAAGACGCCAGGCCAGAUGAUUUCAUAAAGAACAAGGACAGAUAUUACAUUACAAAGGCUUACUAUAGAGGUAAAGACACCUAAAUCGAAAGAACCCUAGCCCUAGUGGUGUAAAGGGCGCAUAACACUACCCAACGGAUAAAUCGCUCUCCGUCGGAUGAGUAAUAGCAAAACGUAUAGCGUUAUCCACUGGAUAGAGUUUUAUCAAGUGGAUAGCGCUGACUAACCUUCGAACAACCGGGGCCUAAUGUUUCUUGGCUAGAGUAGUAUUAGUCCCAGUUGAAGCCAAUAUUAGUAAUGUUUAUGAACUCACAGCGCAUGGUGAAGAUAUCGUGUUUUCGUUAAAAGAGAAAUUUUGGCAUUUCAUCGAGAUCUAUCUGCUAAAUUAGUGUGUAUUUCAAGAGCACUAGAAAGUUCAAACGGGCAUAAAAUGAUAAGAACAUAAAAAAAAAAAACCAGACAAGGAAACACGAAGAAUGCUGAACAGUGAUCUUUUGGCAGUAUUCGAUUUGAAAGCAUUAAAAUUUGCCUUUUUGUACUCAUCAUUGGUCGGCUUAAAAUGUUUGUCACCAGUUCCUCUCGGUUCCAUUCCUGAGCUGCCCGCUGAUUCGUGUGAAGAGAUUCUAGCAAGUGAAGGAGAGAAAGCUGUCAGCGGUAGUUACUGGUUGCAUUUUAACAGAUCUGGAAACUCCUUGUUAACCCACUGUAACAUGGGAAUGAGAGGUAAGCAAAACCGCGUCUUCCUAUCACACUCAGAGUGAUGAAACUUAUCAAACGUUACCCCUGGGUUCAAACCGGCUACUAAUUGUAAAUGGUACCUUUUUCUAAUCUAUUCAUGAGCUCGGAAUGAGUGGAUAGUUUGAAACCAAGGAUUCUCUUUAUCCUAUGGUAACAACUACACAGAAGAGACUUUUAAGUAAGUAACGCCCUUUUAUCAUCUAUAGAUAUCGACGAAUGCGAAGAUAACCUCCAUGACUGUCAUAGCAACGCAACUUGCAAAAAAACAAAUGGUUCCUACUUCUGUGCUUGUAAACCAGGAUUUGGGGGAGAUGGAAAAAACGAAUGUGAAGGUUAGAAACAAAACUCGUUUGAAAACGCAAAAUCAAUUGGAAAAAAAUCAAAUUUAUAUUUGUAUUUUCUUGUUUAAUUUGUUACUCAGAUCUCGAUGAAUGCACCGAAGGAUCUCACGGUUGCCAUAGUAACGGGACAUGUGAAAAUACUGCAGGUUCGUAUAACUGCACAUGUAAGACUGGAUUCUCCGGUGACGGUUUUAGCUGCGAACCGACAGGCAAGUUAUAGUUAAUUAAUUUUUACAAAAUGAGUUUUCAUCAAUUUAAAAUUACAUAUUUGGUAAUUGGGUGCUAAUGAACUUGUGAAGAAUCGAUCUACUUUAUAAAUUUUUUUGUCACAUUAGAAUGUGUGGAAUAUCGCGAACUGAACGAUGCUCGCAGGAAAGUAACUUACGCAGCUGUUCGACCAUACAAGUGCGACGAUUCAAUCAUUCCAGGCUGGUAUCGUAUGGUAGAACCUGCUGGUAAACGGAUUCCGACGAAAUGCCCGGGUAAUACGAUGUGUGGUACAGCUCGACCUGGAUGGAUGAAUGGUGUCCAUCCUGCUGUGGAAGAUGGUGUUGUUAGCAGAAAGGUUUGUUUCUCAACCAGGAAUUCCUGCUGCUAUAAAUCUCUUUGGAUUAAAGUGAGAAGCUGCGGUACUUUCUAUGUGUAUUACUUGCGGGGCAUACCAAAUGUCUGUCCCGAAUCGUACUGUGCAACUGACUGA